UCGAAACGAGAAUUGCAAAGAAAACGAAACAAAAACAAACGAUUGAAUUUCUUUGGUUUCAAGUGGAGUUUUUAAUUCAUUAGAUUUAAUUGUGUCUAAAUUAUUCGUUAAUUAUGUUCACUUUGGAAAAAAUUCCUCAAAAGGGACCUGAACCAUUCGGUGAUCCUAAGGAUUUAUCAUUGAGAAAGAUUGAAAAAAAUGUACUAAUUCCUGAAAUUAUGAGAGAAAUUGCCUCAAAGAAUCAAUGUAAAGAUGUUACUAAAGCUUUUUUUGAUUGUGCCAAGGAAAAGGGAAUCUUGAUUGCCCCGAAAUGUAAUAAACAUCGUGACAAUCUAGUAAAUUGUAUGGAAUACUGGUUGAAUGACAAAGAUUUCAGAAAAGAAACAACUAUUCAAUACUUAAAGGAUAGAGCCGAAUACAGGAAGACAGGAGUAACAGCCAGGCCAUCAAAAAGGCUUAACACUGGAACCCACAAUUAAUUGUUCUCAUCUCUCUCUCUCUCUCUCGCUUGCAACAUGUAACAUUAGUGAUAUUUUCCAGUUUAUGGGCAGUGAAUUAAUAUCUAAACAAUCAGACUUAUUCAACAACCUGAACAACUGAUGAUGCGUUAUAACAAUAUUUUUUGAGUACCAUAAUCAUCAUUUAGUUAAAUUGUUGGUAUAAUUUAAAACCGAUCAAAAGUGCCCAUCAAGAAUCAUUGGACCAUUUGAGGUGAACAAUCAAAUUGAAUGUGAAAAGAUUCAAAGUAUUCACAAUAAUUGUUUCAUGGAAAUAAAAUUGUUCACCAACAAACUUUCAUCUCAAUGUAAUAAUAAUAAAUGUUCAUACAAAUACCAGAUUAUAAUUGUAAAAAGUAUUAUUAGUUCAAUAAAUUAGGAUUCAAGUUCUA